CCGGUGUGACAGCAGUUCUACAGCACUGACGAUGCGCUGUGGUCUGAUUCGUUUGAGCCUUUUCUGAGGACCUGGCGUGGCUUCCGUCGCAACCUUUGCAUUCAGCACUCACGCGCGAAGGUCGAACGCUUGGGCUUAGCACACCUGUAACAACGAAGCGGGCGGAGCAUAUCUCAGUUCCCGGUAGAGGUUCUUCGCUCCCGAUCAAUGCACAGCAAAUACGAUCAUCCUCAAGGCUAAACGGGGGCCGCAGAAAAGAACGAUGCACUGCUUUAUCACCGCCCUUCGUACGCGUCUAUAAUUACCCUCGACCUCCUAGCCUGAGCCAAGGAUCAUCGUACCCCCCUCCCACUCAACACACCGUACACGAUGAGCAACGACGCAGGAGCCGAAGCCGGCGCGGGCAUCGGUGGACUUUGCUCUGCCGUCAUAUUCUCGAUCUUGCAGCCGUUCUGCAACACGAAGCAGUACGGGAGCGGGGGCGGGAACCACGUCGCGGGGUGCUGUGGGUCGUGCUUCAACAACUCAUUCAACGAGGACAAGUGGGACAGGCGCGCAAACGCUGUGGCGGAUGCGCCGGCAGCGGCGAGUGCGACGAAAGACGA